AAAGCAUGGGAUCUGGCGAAAUCACCGGUGAAGACUCUGCCUAUGAACGCCUUCAUGAUGUGGAUGUCUGGGUCUACUGUGCACAUUUUUAGUCUUAUGAUCGUUGGCAUGACCGCUAUGGGGCCUCUCAAGGGCAUUAGCAAUGCUGGACAAG